AAUGCAACGGGGCAUACGUGUCGCAACGUGCUUGUGUAGUUUUGGGCCACGCGACUUCAAUAGAGUUUGCUUCUUCAGCUCCUAAUAUUGACAAUGUAAAAAAAUUGCUCCACAGCUAAUACUCGCAGCCAUUGUACAAUAGUUCCACACACACGACAGCUCCGGGCAGCUGUGCAACCAAUCAUUGGGGGUGAAAUGACGAACAGCGUUAUGACAGGCAUACGCACAGAUGCUGACAGUGACAAGGGCUCAUGACAAAGGAAACUGUGGCCGUGAGGACUCGGGCGCAUUCUCGCAGCGAUGCUCCUCGGCUGGGCGCCUCCCAAGGCGGCAUCGCAAAGGAAAGUGCGAGCCAGCGAGCCAAGUCGGUCACAGCACGCAACGCGUUGCUGCACGAGCUCACGGGAUCUCAGCAGGCCACGGCUUGCCCAGCCCAGGCACGCAGACAGACCACCCUGUCCUUCCAGCCCGUCAGCCGCGCGGCGGUCAGUGGCUCACAGCAGCCGGAGGCCCCAGGAGUCGCCAGCGCUGCUGCGCAGGAUGGAGCUGCAUCGGUCAGCCGCGCGUCGGGAUUGCUGCAUACGAAGCGGCCCACGAGGCCCGCCCCCCGCACUGGAUCGCAGAGUGCCGCUGCACGGCCCGCCAGCCAGACCGCUGCCGGCCGGGGUGCAGCAGCUGCGGCCAGGCACGUGGCUGUGGCCACUGGCACAGAGGCAGUCGUAGCCGCCUCGCCACCCGGAUCGCCUGACGCAAUCUGCUGCUACACGCCCUCGCCUCCACGCGCCUCCGCCGCCCGCGCCGCGCUCACGGCGGCGGCGGGCGCACCUGCCCAAUGCCCCCCGCCUGCGCCAGCCCUGGCGCAGACGUGGGCAGGACAGUCGCAGCAGCCGCAGCAGCAGACGCGGCGGUCGCUACGCACGGCUGCAGACAAGAUCCAGGCCUCUCAGGGCCCAAACGGCGCCGCGUCACAGGUAGCAUCAUCUUCUAGGCUCAAGCACCGGCCCCUGGCGCCCAUCCUGAUGCCGCCGCCCUCCCGGACGGCGUCGCGACCCGGCACGUCCGCGGCCCCUGUGGCAGGGUUGCGGGAGCUGCUGAACGUGCUGAUGCCUGCCGGGGCAUCCCAGCAGCCAGCGCAACAGCAGCAGUGGCCGCCGCCUCAGCAGCCGGCAUCACAGCAGCAGCAGCAACCCGCCGCGGGCGCUGCAGCAGCGCGGGCGGCGGCAGGCGAGGGUGAUGCCGGCGGACAGCCAGAGCGCCACACGCGCCGUCGGAAGAAGGCGCCUGCCUCCUCGUCCGCAGCGGCUGCAGCCGUGGCGGCAGUAGCAGCGGGCGCGGUGCCGGCUCGGCGAGGGCUGCAAGGCGGGCGGGCAGCAGGUCCUGGUCCUGGCAGCGGGGUGGCGGCACCAACCGCGUGCGCAGAGGAGUCCGAAGCGGAGGCCGCGGAUGAUGACGUCGAUGAUAUCAUAGUGGACAUCACGCCGCCGCCGUCCGCCGCGGGGCCCAACCGCAAAAAAGCCCGGCCGCUCACUGGGGCGGCUGGCGGCGGCGGCGCGGCUGCUGGCAGCCUGCUCCCGGCAGCCGACCCGCUGGGCUCCCGUCGCGACCGCCAAGACGCGGACGACCAGCGGGGAUGGGACCAGUGGGGAUGGGACCAGCAGCGCGCGGCCGAAGCGGGUGCCUGGGCCGCCGCAGGGGACGGCAGUGGAGCGGCAGGAGCAGGGGCAUCAGCGGUCGGGCUGCAGGAGCGGGAGCAGCAGGCGGGGGUCGCACCGGCGGGGGCGGAGACGGCCAGGGGGUGUGCGGCCGAGGUGGAGGAGGCGGAGGCGGAGGCGGAUUGGGAUCCGACGCAGGAGGAGGCGGAGGCACGGCGGCGGCAGCAGCACCGGGCGCAGCAGUGGCAGAAUCUACAGCAGCAGCAGCAGCAGCAGCAGCAGCAGCAGCGCAGCCGGUUGCCUAGCGGCGGCAGCGCCCAGGGGGUCGACACGGCUGACUUGGGGUGCGGGGGCGCGAGCCCCCAGGGCCCUGCAGCCUGCGGGGUAGCCAUGCCAGGGACCAUCACGGGACAGCGGCACGGGGCACAAACACCGGUGGCAGCACCUGCACUCGCGCGGGCAGCGGCAGAGGCUGCAGUGACGGUGGCGGCAGCGGCUGCCGCGCCGUUUGCAGACGACGACGCGUGGAUGCACACACAGGGCUGCGGCACUGUGCCGCUGCUGCGUGCGCGUCUGGAUGCGGCGGCCGCUGUUGGAGACGAGGACGACGAGGAGGAAGAGGAGGACGAAGAGGACAAGGCGGGGAAGGAGCAGGGAGCCGUAGACCGAGAUGGAGUGGAGGAGGAGACGGUGCGGGGGGCGGUAGCACAGCCUGCAGUGGCGCUACAGCCCCCGGUGCCAAAGCAAGCCCUGGCACCUCAACCGCCGCCGCCACAACCGCCACGGCCACAGGCACCACAGCCUUCGGCAGCGAUGGCGGCACGCCCCGCAGCGCUGCAAUCACGGCCGCAAGCUCCCCCUCCUGUUCCUGCUCCGCAGCCGCCGCCCCCGGGCGCUGGCCCUGCCGAGCCCACUCUUCCUGUGGCGUCAGCUUCACCUCACGUCCCAGCGCCUCAGACGCACGGCGGCCAGGCUGCGACGCCAGCACCACAACAACCUCAACCGCCCCAACAGCCGCAGCAACAGCCGGCGCCGCAGCAGCCGCAGCCAGCAAGCGCUGCAGUCGGGCUGCACACGUCCCGAGGCCCCUGGCCGCCGCCCAAGCCGCUCUGGAUGGUCAUUCCCGGCAUGCCCAAGCCGCCCUCGCCACCGCCCUCACCUGCUCGGGCCAAGCCGGCCAAGGCACAGCAGCACCCGCACCACACAGCUCGGGUGUCACCACACGACAGCUCGGGUGUCACCAUCACACCCUCGAGCAACAGCAACAGCAGCAAUGCUGCCGUCGCGCCCGCCCCCGGUCUGGCGGCCGCUCGGGCAGCUGUGCCCCCACCUGCCGCCACUGCCUGCCCGGCCCUGGCGGCUGUCGCGGGCGCUGCUGGGCCACCCGUGCCCGCAGCAGCAGCAGCAGCAGCAGCAGCAGCAGCACAUGCGGUUUCGGCCGGGACGGCCAGCGGCAGCGCACCUGCCGCGGUCGCAGCCGCAGCGGAGAGUGCGGCGGCUCCAGCGCUGCGGCUGGCGGAGCAGGGGCAGGGGCGGGAGCAGGGGCGGGGGCCCGAGCCCGCCGCCUGUACGUCUGAGUCCGAGGAGGAGGAUGACGGGGACUUGAUGACUCAGGAGGAGUACGUGGCACUGCUGCGGAGCGCUCUCACCGGAGGCGGCGGAGGCGGAGGCAGGAGCCGCUUCCUCGGUGUAGGCACGUGGCCGGUACCAGGGUUGGGCCUGGGCUCUGCCGUGCCUGUGCCACCGCAGACCAGUGGUGCACGGCCGGGCGGGGCCGCGGCGGCGGCAGCCGAGGAUGAGGACGCUUGGAUGCACACGCAGCGGCCGGCGGCGGCGGCGGCGGCAGCAGCAGCAGCAGCACGGAGCGGGCGUGCCUGGGCGCCGGGCGGGGAUGCGGGGGAGGAGGACGAGGAGGACGAGGACGACGAGGAGGACGCGGAGCAGGAGGGCUGGCGUGGCGGGGAGCCCUACACGGCUGCAGGGGAGACGACAGCGCAUGGUGCUGGCGGCAGCACCACAGCCGCACCAGGGCCUGCCCCUCCGCAGCGGGACACGGCGGCGGCAGCAGCAGCAGCAGCAGCAGCAGCAGCAGCAGCAACAACAGGGGCCGGGGCUGCCGCCCCGCAUGCCACAGCAGCCGCAGCCGCACCUGCGCCCACCAGCUGCGCCGCAGCUCCUGGAAGGCGGAGCAGCACCAGCAGCUACAGCCACGGCGGUAGCGCUGCGAGGCCGGGUGCGCCGGUGGUGCGUGUUGUGGACCUGUUCAGUCCGUGUGAGGCCACUCGGGCGGCGGCGCACGCCACACUGGCUGCCGGCUGGCGCAACCGCGGCGCCGCCGGGGAGGCAGUUGGCCCGCCGCAGCCGCACCCGCACCCGCAGCAGCAGGCGUCCAAACCACCGCCCCCAGCUGACGCCUGUAUGCCGCCGCCGCGAGCUCGGCCGCCGGCUGCGCCUCCUGCGCCUCCUGCGGCACCGCCGCCGCACCCGCAACCACCGCCGCCCGUGCCCGCCGCCGCUCCUGUCUGGUGCCCUGGCAGGGCGUCUGAUGGCUCCGCCGCCGCCGCCAGCACCACCACCAGCACCACCAGCACCACCAGCACGACCAGCACCAGCAGCACCAGCUGCUUCACGGGUGCGCCCGAGUGCAGUCCGCGCUUCUGGGCGGACGUGCCCGACAUGUACGAGGUGUUCCCCUUCCAGCGGCACGCGCUGCAGCUGGCCGACUGGGCCAACGCCGCGCCGCCGGCCUGGCUGCGCGCGCUGCAGGCCGCCGCCGCCGCCACCGACUUCCCCUCAUUCAGCGACCGCUGGCGCUUCCUGGAGGCGUGGAUGGCGGAGCACCCCGUGCAGGGACAAGGGGAUCAGGGGCAGGGGCAGCAGCAUGGCCAGGGGCGGCUAGACCAGCAGCAGCGGCAGCAGCAGCAGCAGCAGCAGCAGCGGGCCGAAGCAGGGCUCGAGGCGGCGGCGGACGGAGGCUGGGAGGAGGAGGCGCUGCCGGGGCCAGGUGGCGAGGGCCAGGCAGGCGGCGGGGCGGAGGGGGUGGGGGCCGGUGGGAGGGAGGCGGCGGCGGCGGCGGUGCCGCGGCCCAGGGAGCCGGUGCGGGUGUUUGUGCAGGAGUACCGCCGUGGCGGCGGGCGGCGGGCGCCGGGUGGUGGUGGUGGCGGUGAGGCGCCGGCCGAGUACUCCCGGCACUUCGUGGUCACGACCUACAAAGCGCUGUGGCGGCGGUUCCAGAAGCUACAGUCCCUGAACCGCCACUUCUACGAGGUCAUCCGCGGCGACCGGCCCUGCCACCUGUACUUUGACCUGGAGUACAGCCGCGCCGCCAACCCCACCGCGCCGCCCGGGGAGCAGCUGGCGCCGCCGGGCUUCCUGGACGGAGUGCCGUCCAUUCGGCAGCUCAACGCGCUGGCGGCCGGGCUGCUGCCCCCACCGGGCGCCCCAGGCGGAGGUGGCGGUGGCGGUGGUGGCGGCGUAUUCCGAGGAGGAGGCGGCGGCGGCGGCCCCACCUGCGAGUCCACCACCGCGCACCCCACCCGGCCCGGCCAGCCGCUGAAGCUGUCCUGGGCCCAGCAGCCGCCCGAGCUGGCGGUGCGGCCCGAGGAGGAGUGGGAGACGGAGCCGGCGGCGGCGGGAGCUGCAGCGGGCGCGGUAGUGGUAGCAGCGGCGGCUGCGCCGGAGGCGGCGGUUGAAGCGGCAGGGGCGGGAGUGGGGGCGGCAGGAGCCAAGCAGCAGCAGCAGCAGCAGCAGUUGGAGGAGCAGGGCGCAGCACCACAGGCCGCGGCUGGUGGGAGCGAGGCGCAUGCCGGGGCUGUAGCUGCAGCUGCGCCACUGCAGAGACAGCCCAGCGGCGGCGGCGGCGGCGGUGGGGGUGGGGGUGGUGAAGGCCCUGGCAGCAGCAGCGGUGCCGCUGCCGGGACUUUAGGCGGCUCCAGGACUGGCGGCGGUGGUGGCGGCGGUGGUGGCGGUCGCGUGGGUCGUUGGGCCAGUGCGCUACAGCGGCUGGCGGUGGAGGCGGUGCGCUUCGUGGAGGCCAUGGGGACGGACCGGGCGCACGGGGAGGACUCGCAGGUCCGCAGCAUGGCCUACUGCGGCGAGGGCGCCUCCGUGUCGUACGGCAUGAUAGGCCCCGGCUCCCACUACUGCGACCGCAUCGGUCGGCGGCACCGCUCCAACCACGUCUACUUCCUGCUGGACUUCAGCCGCGGCCGCUACUGCCAGAAGUGCUACGACCCCGACUGCGCGGGCUGGCGCUCCGAGUGGUCCGCGGUGCCGCCCGAGGUGUGGCAGCGCGGCGGCGCACCCGUGGCCACCCUGCCCGCACCCCAGCCGCAGCCGUCUGCCGCUGCGGCGGCGGCGGCGCCAGGAGCAGCUGCAGGGCCGGGGGCUGAGGCGCCGGCCGGACCCGCGCCAGCAGCGGUGCAAGCGGCAGCGGCGGCGGGGGCGGCGGAACACGCGCUGCCAGCUGCAGCUGCAGCCGCAGCCGGCCUGCUCGCGCUGCCCGCCCCGCACAGCGGCCCCUCCACCGCCCCAGCCAUGGCAGCUGCACUCGCGCCUGCCACUGCAGCGGGGCAGCCGUCAGCAGGCGGCGUGUCAGCGGCCGCUGCGCUGGCAGGUCCGCCGCCUGCUGCUGCUGCUGCUGCCGCUGCCGCUGCCACACGGCCUCCCGCGAUCCCGCCGCCGCCUGCCGCGCCCGCCCCAGCGCAACCCGCAGUCGCACAUGCAGCAUCCGGUGCCGGUGGCCCCAGCCACGUGUGGCCUCAGCAGCAGGGACAACAACAGGGGCAACACCAGCAGCACCAACAGCCGCAGCAGCAGCCACACCUCCAACAACACCUGCAGCACCAACAGCACCAACAGCACCUGCAGCAGCCGCACCUCCAACAGCCGCAGCAGCAGCCACACCUGCAGCAGCCCCAGCCGCCGCCGCCGCCGCCGCCUGCAGACUCGUACCGGCAGCGGCUGCAGGCGGCUCAGCUGCAGGUGCUGCAGCGGCAGCGGCCGGCGGGGCUGGACGUGGAGGCGCCGGGCAUGGGGUUUGACUUCCGCACACGCAUCUGGUUCCAGGCGGCGCCGGCGGCGGCAGAGAUGGUUGCGGCGGCGGGGCCGGCGGUGGCUACGGCUGACAGAGGUAGUGGCGGAGGGGGUGACGGAGGAGGCGGAGGGGGUGGAGGUGGCGGCAGCACGGCGCAGGCGUCAAGCACUGCGGCAGGGGCAGCGACAGGGCUGGCCGGCGCCCCCGGAGCGCGGGCGGGGGCGGUGGAGGAGGCAAGAGCAGGGUCGGGCGCGGGCGGGCCGCUUGGUGCGGGUCCUGGCGCCACAACCUGAGAGACUUUCGCAGUGUGCUCAUAUGUGUGUGUGGGUGUGGCGCUGUGGUCACACCGGAGAGGUCGGCACUGCGGACCGCCGCCGCCCAUCCGGGCGCCUAGACAACUGCUGCUGCAGGAGGGGCGUUCACCUCCAUCCAGGGGGUGCAGUGAACCAGGGGUGCAGUGAACCAGGGGAGAGUGCCGCCGAGUGGCGUAACGCCCAGUGACGCGGUGUGUCGGGCGCCGUAGCUGUAGCCUGCAGGGGGUGGGCGUGCCGCCGAGUGGUGGUGCCUGGGGCGGCGCCCGCGCCGUAGUGGCCCGCAGGGGCCGGUCCCUCCAGGUCCCUCGGGCCUCAAUCAAGUACCUUAGUACUUAUGCUGGCGAGCUGACAGCAGGUUGAGCAGGGCUAGGACGAGGAGGCAGUCAUUGCGGACUGAUAAGUUGACA